UAUUUUAGUAUACUGACACCCGGGCACUGUCGUAGCAACUUUUGCAUCACACUACACGGCUUUGUCUGUGGAAUUUCAGGAGGACAUGAGUCAGAUUAUGAAGAUCUCCCUGCCAUGUUUUGAAAGAUAUUACCUACUUAAGAAUUUGUAAAAUGGGUAAAAAGGAUAAAGGAGAUCGGGACAAGAAGUCCAAAAAGCGUUUCUAUGAGGAGGAAGAAGAUGAAGAAGAGGUGGUGGGCAGCGAGUCUCAGGAGGCCAUACCUGCUGCUGCAGGGAAACAAGUGGAUGAGUCGAGUACAAAACUGGAUGAGUAUGGAGCCAAAGACUACCGUGCUCAGAUGCUGCUGAAGAAUGAUCACUCUUCACGCCCCCUUUGGGUGGCUCCAGAUGGACACAUCUUUCUGGAAGCCUUCUCACCAGUCUAUAAGUACGCCCAGGAUUUCUUGGUGGCCAUUGCAGAGCCAGUGUGUAGGCCUAACCAUAUCCAUGAGUACAAGCUGACGGCCUAUUCCCUGUAUGCAGCUGUCAGUGUGGGGCUGCAGACCUCUGAUAUUGUGGAGUACCUGCAGAAACUCAGCAAGACAUCUGUACCUGAUGGAAUCGUGCAGUUUAUUAAGCUCUGCACAGUGAGCUAUGGCAAAGUUAAGCUGGUGCUGAAGCACAAUAGGUAUUUUGUUGAGAGUGCCUUCCCUGAUGUGAUCCAGCGCCUUCUGCAGGACAACGUGAUCCGUGAAUGUCGUCUCCGUACUGCAGACGGAGCCGAUACAGAACUGAUUACUGAAGUCAUCCACAGCAAGUCAGCGAUUUCCAAGUCUGUUGAGGAAAAGGGAGGUACUUCCACCUCACAGCAGCCCAGCGAUGGACAAACUUCAACCCAGCAAGUCCCCGAGGACAUCUUCAGCUACUAUGAGCAGAUGGAUAAAGAAGAGGAGGAGGAGGAAGAGACUCAAACUGUGUCCUUUGAGAUUCGCCAGGAGAUGAUUGAAGAGCUGCAGAAGCGUUGUAUUCAGCUGGAGUAUCCCCUCCUAGCAGAGUACGACUUUCGCAAUGAUAUAGUCAACCCAGACAUCAACAUAGACCUGAAGCCCACUGCCGUGUUGCGACCCUACCAGGAAAAGAGUCUGCGCAAGAUGUUUGGGAAUGGACGUGCUCGCUCUGGGGUCAUCGUGCUGCCCUGCGGAGCGGGCAAAUCUCUGCUGGGCGUGACAGCAGCGUGCACAGUGCGUAAACGCUGCCUGGUGUUGGGUAACUCCUCAGUGUCAGUGGAGCAGUGGAAGUCUCAGUUCAAGAUGUGGUCCACUAUCGAUGACUCUCAAAUCUGCCGUUUCACCUCUGACGCCAAGGACAAGCCCAUUGGCUGCUCAGUGGCCAUCAGCACCUACUCCAUGCUGGGUCACACCACCAAGCGCUCCUGGGAGGCUGAGAGGGUCAUGGAGUGGAUGCGGAGCCAGGAGUGGGGACUCAUUAUCCUGGAUGAGGUGCACACUAUCCCUGCCAAGAUGUUUCGUCGUGUUUUGACAAUUGUCCAGGCACAUUGCAAACUGGGGCUUACUGCCACACUGGUCAGGGAAGAUGACAAGAUUGUUGACCUCAACUUCCUAAUUGGGCCUAAGCUAUUUGAGGCCAACUGGAUGGAAUUGCAGAACAAUGGCUACAUUGCCAAAGUCCAGUGUGCAGAGGUGUGGUGCCCGAUGUCUCCAGAGUUUUACAGAGAGUACGUGGCCAUUAAGACGAAGAAGCGCAUCCUGCUUUAUACAAUGAACCCCAAUAAGUUCCGUGCUUGCCAGUUUCUCAUUCGCUUCCACGAGCGGCGCAAUGACAAGAUUAUUGUCUUUGCUGACAACGUGUUUGCCUUGAAGGAAUACGCCAUUCGCCUCAAUAAGCCCUACAUCUAUGGUCCAACCUCUCAGGGAGAACGUAUGCAGAUUUUACAGAACUUCAAACACAACCCCAAGAUAAACACCAUUUUUAUCUCCAAGGUUGGAGACACAUCAUUUGACUUGCCAGAAGCCAAUGUUCUGAUCCAGAUCUCCUCUCAUGGUGGAUCACGCAGACAGGAGGCCCAGAGGCUUGGCAGAGUCUUACGAGCCAAGAAAGGAAUGGUAGCAGAGGAGUACAAUGCAUACUUCUAUUCGCUGGUGUCCCAGGACACCCAGGAGAUGGCUUACUCCACCAAGAGGCAGAGGUUCCUGGUGGACCAGGGAUACAGCUUUAAGGUUAUCACAAAGUUGGCAGGUAUGGAGGAAGAGGACUUGAUGUUCUCCACCAGAGAUGACCAACAGCAGCUGCUUCAGAAAGUCCUAGCUGCUUCAGACCUGGAUGCUGAGGAGGAAGUGGUGGUAGGGGAAGUGGGCGGACGACCACAGUUUUCAAGGCGAACAGGCACCAUGAGCUCUAUGUCAGGUGCAGAUGACACUGUCUACAUGGAAUAUCAGCGAAGCAGCAAAGCCUCAGCAGCAAGCAAGGGCGUUCAUCCACUCUUCAAGCGCUUCAGAAAGUAGAUGACUCAAACCCUGACACUAAGGCUAAGCACUAGGCUACCAGCAGCAGGUUCAGUUUGGAGAACAGAGCAAUGACUGGAGAUAACCUGAAACGGAAUAUUAUCUGAAGAUAAUGAUGACAUACUGUACAUUGCUUUCUUCUGAUAGCUGAUGAUGAUAACGGUUGCUUCCUUAGGCACCUACAUGCACGACAUUUGAAGAUAAAUGGAUUGCAAACUCUGUCCAAGUGUCGGCGACUGUUGGCUCUCAUUUGAAAAAAACAAAACAAACUUUGCCUUGAACUGUGUCAUUUUUUUAUUUCUUUAUUGCAGCUAGCCAAUCAUGGAGUGUUCUGAAACAAAGAUAGGUGUUGUUUUAUGAAAUUAAAGCUAAAUUCCACAUCG